AUGUUGAUUGGUAUCCCCUCCAUAGUGACACUCCGUGUCAAAACACCGCCUGCUUAUCCCACCAAGAACCCCAGCACCUCAAGUCCAACCCUCGAGAGCGGCCGUACCGAGGACUUGGCGGGUAGUUCGCGCAAGGCAGCUCCCGUACGUGAUGGUCCAGGAGCCGCCGACACGGGUAAUCCAGGCGAGCGGGGUGGAAUAAUCAGCCUCGUUGAUGCGAAUUUUGAGAAGCUGGAAACCUUGAAGAGUCUGUUCUACAUCGUUCAGACCCCUUCGCAGCACGUUGACACGCUCUAUAUCGUCAAAAAGGCUACAAUGCUUGGCAUGUCGUCGGCAAUUAUCUUUUCGUGGGAAGCUUUUAUUGCAUUGAGGAUUUGGACACCAGUGGUGGUUGGCUUUAUCGGGCUUAACAUGCGUGAUCUGGUGUCUCCCGAGGUCCUUCCUGAGGGCGCAGACGUGCUGGCAGCCGGGCCAUUGGCACUGGUGCCUCCUCGGUCGAAUGCGCCUUGCAUUGCUUCGGAUGCAGACAGAAUUUCCGCUAGAAGGAGUACCAUCCGGGGACGGCGCAGCGAGUUCUGGAAGCAGAUUAUUGAGCACGGCAGGACUUGA